CGACUCACUCAUUCACUCACAGCAUUAUGUUCAACCCCAGCACGUAGCGGUCUCGCAGCUUCGGCUGCGUGUAACCAUUCGGAAUCUUCACCCAGAUCUGAAAGUCCCUCCCUUUGCCGAGAUCUUAUCAUCAUCAAGAUGCCGCCGUCUAGUCCUUGGGGAAAGAAACCACCACAAAAUAUAGCACCAUCUCCUGCCCUUCCUCGCGUACAGCCCGAUGGAAAGGGGAAGCCCCCACCAAGAACUCAGUAUGAUGAGAUUCAAGAUGAGGAGCUUUUCGCGUUGGCUGCAAUAUAUGGCGACGAUUUCCGCAGGAUAGAAACCAAUCACGGAGCGUGGAAGGUUGGUAGACCCAUAUAACCUGAUAAGAUCUCCUAGCUGAGUCUUUGUAGAAAGCCGAACCACACUUUGAGAUUCUCAUAAAAUCAUCUAAUGAUGACAUUUCGGCCAUUCUUUGCGUUGUCUUCACCGCUACAUAUCCAAAAAGUCCCCCCCUGUUGACACUCAAAGGAGAGGCUCAUCUUCGUGAGGCAACUCGUUUCAAGCUUCAAAAGAUUAUUGAGACCAAACCUAAAGAGUUAGUUGCUGAGGAGCAAGCUAUGAUUAUGGAAAUUGUGAAUGCAUGUCAAGAUGUCCUUGAGGAUGCUGCUCAAGCCAAGGCUGCCGGUAUGGAGUUACCAAGCUUAGAAGAAGAACGCGCUGCCCACGAACUUGCAGCUGCACAGCUUGCCGAGCGUCAAAAUGAAGAGGAUAUGCGCAAAAAGCAAAAGGAAAACUUAGAAGAAGAGCGUAUGCUGGGCUCUUUGGUAGAAGAUGAACUUAAACGCCAAAAAGCCAAAGCAAGAAACACCAAAAGAAAGACUCGGUAAGUUAGCUUCUUGAGGCACUUUUGUUGUACCGAAAUCCCUGGAAGAGUACACACGAUCGCUCUAGAUGUUGUAGUCUUUUCUAUAACCUUGCUACAGCGAUAGAGCAAACAAAUUGCUUCGUAACUAUUGAGGAGGUAAACUAACUUUUGUAUUUUGUUACAGUCCACCUGGGAUGUUGGUAUCACAUGGAUCUAGUGGUAACGGAAUCAAGAAAAUUCAGAGCGAGCUUAAAUUUCAGCAACCCAUCACUCUCGCAGAUAUUGAUGGCGACCCUUUCGUGUUUCAAGCAGUGACAAGCAAAGUCUUUCUUCGUCAGGGAUCAGUAUCAAAAUGCUUCACGGUAAGACCUGUUGCCCAUCAAGUUGAUGCUCCAACGUUGGCAUUAAAGCAGGCAGAUUUAGACGCUGGCUCCAGAGACCAGAAUGUCUUCAAAAAACAGCUGCAGAUACUUGAAACAGAAUUAAAGUCGCUCAAGGAGAUUAGACAUCAAGGUGUUCUUGAUUUACUUGAUUUCAAGGUGCAAAAGUCCACCGAGUCGGCUGACGAAGAAUUGAGUUCAUAUUCUACCUGGACGGUGAGCAUCUUGACCGAGUUUGCCGAGAAAGGAUCUUUGGAGGAGCUUCUGGACAUUACUGGCAGUCUGGGUAUCAGCAAAGUUCGUUCAUGGACAAUUGAAUUACUCGAUGCUUUACGAUUUCUUCAUGAAAAAGGUAUUAUCCACCAAGAUAUUCACACCGCAAACAUACUCUUGGUCCGGGAACAAAACGGAGAGGUUAAGCCAAAAUUAGCGGAUGCGGGAUUCCAAAGAAAACUGCACAAUCUGAGUAGCCAUAAAUCGGCAAAGGGUACUCUUGCGGUUGCAAAGUCCGCCUACUGGCUGCCUCCAGAAAUAGCAAAUACUAUACAUCCUGAAUAUACACAGAAAACCGAUAUCUGGGACUUUGGUAUCAUGUUUCUUCAGGUAAGCUCUGCCCACCCUAAGUAAUCCUCUGCCAAUUCUAUGACUCUAGUAUAUUGUCUUGCGAGAGCAUGAGAAAUUUGCGCUUUGUUCCCCGAGAAGCUUAAAAUGAUGUCUCACCGAACACUGUGAAACCUGUUCGAUCAACUCUGUACGAGUAUAGGAAUUAGACUGACUCGAAUUUCACGUCGCUUAGAUGGCCUUUGGUCCAACAAUUAUCCAAAAAUACACGUCACCUAACUCGCUUGCCAACACCCUCGCUCUUUCCGACUCUUUCGCUGAAUUCAUUGGCAAAAUUUUCAAGUCAGAUCCAAAAAGAAGGCCUCGCGCAUUUGAAUUGGGUUCUUCCGAAUUUCUUGCAACGGAUGCUGAACUAUUGGACUCGGAAGCUAGCCCAAUUGCAUCCAGGCUAGGUUCAAUAACAUCUCUUCAAGUGUUCACGCCACGCCGACCAAGACAUGACUCCAUGAACGCAUAUACAGGUCCUGUAUCAAGAUAUAAGGAGGAUUUCGUAGAAGAGCGCCGACUUGGGAAGGGUGGAUUCGGUGAAGUUGUUAAAGCUCGAAAAAAACUCGACGGUCAAAUUUACGCUGUGAAAAAGAUUACACAAAAAUCGUCUGAAUCAUUGACAGAGGUUAUUAAAGAAGUUCGCCUAUUGUCUCAAUUGAGUCACCCAUCAGUUGUCCGUAAGUCAAAUUUUCAAUCUUGGUUUCUCAGUUGUCGGACCUUAGUCAAAUCUUUUGGUGUAUGUCCGAAUCAUGUUUCAUGGGCAUCUGAAUUUCGUGCAUAGACUGCGAGAACACCCCUCUCCUCCUGAUUACUCUAGCUUCGAUGCCACUCCAUGCGGGAGAAACAAGCUAUCUCAUUACUAAUAACUGCGUAACUUCUUGGAACCUGUGCUUAUCACUAUUGUUUUAGGUUAUUACAAUACUUGGACUGAAGAAACCUUUGAGAUGUCCAACGAAACAGACGAUGACCAGACAAGCACCGAUGUAGGAACAAUUGAUCCUUCUUCUAGCGAAGAAUUAUCUCCAAGAACAGCACUGAAUGUUGCGUUUGAAGCUAGCACUGGUGGUCUGGAUUUCAUGUCAUCAAACGGUGGUUAUGCAGAUAUCGAAUUUGGUUAUGACUCUGAUGCCAUCGAGGAUGAUGAAGAUGACGAGGACGACGAUUCGACGAGCGCUGAUGAACAGGACAGCACUGGACAUACUAAAAGCAGAAACGAGCUUUCUGUAAGACGACGCAGGUCGACCUCACGAUAUGGACGCCCUUUCAAGACCAUUCUUUAUAUCUCCAUGGAAUACUGCGAAAAGCAUACCCUACGAGAUCUCAUCAAGCAAGGCCUCCACAGGGAAGACGAUGAAAUAUGGCGUCUUCUACGGCAAAUAUUGGAGGGACUUGUACACAUUCAUGGCUUGAAUAUUGUGCAUCGAGAUCUUAAACCUGAAAACAUUUUCAUCGACAGCACUUCUAGCGUCAAGAUUGGUGAUUUCGGCCUAGCCACAAGUGGUCAGUACUCAAUGGCAGACAGAUCAACGUCUUCUACAACAAUGAGUGGGGAGAUGACAAGAAGUGUUGGGACAGCAUUUUACGUUGCCCCUGAGGUAUCAUCUAGUGCUGGAGCAGGUUCAUAUACCAGCAAAGUGGAUAUGUAUUCGCUUGGAGUCAUCUUUUUUGAGAUGUGCUACCGACCACUAGUACCUGGAAUGGAUAGAGCUGCGGUCGGCCAAAAUUUGAGAAUGAAAAUGCCUGUUGUGCCAGAGGACUUUGAUAAGACUGGCAAAGCCGUUCAGUAUGAAAUCAUUCUCUCUCUUCUCAACGCCAGUCCAAAAGUACGACCUUCUAGUUCCGAGUUACUACAGGGUGGCAAACUUCCAGUACAAAUGGAAAGCGAGACAGUAAGUCGCGCAUUGGCGGGUCUUGCAGAUUCCGAAAAUCCAUAUCAUCGAAAGAUGAUGUCCACAUUGUUUUCAACACCAAACAAACAGGCGAAAGACUUUGCUUGGGAUAUGGAUACCAUAAACCAAAGCUCCGGUGAUUUGUUGCUCUCCGGUCUCGUGAAGGAAAAACUAAUUUCCAUCUUUCGCCAUCACGGAGCUGUGGAAACUCCUCGUAGCAUGUUGUUCCCACGCUCUCGUCAUUAUGGAUCAAAUGCUGUUCAGUUACUGGACGGGAAUGGCACAUUGUUACAAUUACCUUUCGACCUUACUCUGACACAUGCUCGCUCACUGGCGAAACACGAACCUGGGGUCCUGCGAUCAUUUGCUUUUGGUUCGGUCUUCCGGGAUCGUCAAUCAGGCGCUCAACCACAAACUGUUGACGAGGUGGACUUUGAUAUUGUUUCACUCGACGCAUUGGAUUUAGCUCUGAAAGAAGCGGAGGUGAUCAAGGUUCUCGAUGAGAUUGUCUCAAAUAUACCAACCCUUGAUUCUACACACAUGUGUUUCCAUAUCAACCACUCUGAUCUUCUUGGUCUUAUCUUUGACCAUUGUAGGAUAGAACCAACGAUACGUGAGAAAGUUUCAGAGACCCUUAGCAAACUCAACGUAGGGUCCUGGAGCUGGCAGAAGAUCAAAAAUGAGCUCAGAUCGCCGCUUAUUGGAGCGUCUUCCACUAGUGUUGAUGACUUGCAGAAUUUUGACUUCCGAGGUAAGAUUAUGUAGUCGAUGAAUGCACUUGUGAGGUACUAUACUAAAACCUACCAGAUACUCCCAACAAAGCUUUCCAGAAGAUCAAAGCACUGUUCGAAGGGACCAAUACAUUUGAUAAAGCCUCGUCGGUAAUAGCUCAUCUCAGGGAAGUCGUCGAGUAUACAAAACGCUUUCAAGUAAGGAGCAAGAUCUAUAUCAGCCCACUUUGCAGCAUCAAGGAACGUUUUUGCAAAGGUGGCUUGGUAUUUUCGUGCCUUUAUGGUAAGAAAGCUAAGGAUGUUUUUGCUGCUGGCGGCAGAUAUGAUUCUUUGAUCAAAGAGCAUCGCCAUCGAAUUGGUACGAGUUUUCAACAACGACAUGCGGUAGGCUUCAACUUGGGGUUGGAAAGACUGGUGAAGCAUCCUAAGGCUGGACAUAAAGCCACCGCUAAGAGGCAAGAAGAUGGUAUUUGGAGCACUAAACGGGUACGAGAACUCUAUUCUUUCCGUCCAUACCAAACUAAUUCCCGUGACAGUGUGAUGUCCUUGUUGCCAGUCACGAUCCCGCCAUCCUCCGAAGUACAGGCAUUGAAGUCGUCCAGAGUCUAUGGGCAGAAGACAUCAGCGCUGAACUAGCACAAGACUGCCGCUCCCCGGAAGACCUCCUUUCUCAAUACCGAGACGAGAAACAUUCCUGGAUCAUCACCAUCAAACAAGAUUCUAUAUUUAAAGUCAAAAGCAUGGACCGCAAAGAAGCAGGAGACACCGACAUCCCCUCAGCCUCAUUAAUCCCCUGGCUCAAAGCCGAAAUCCGCGACCGAGACACCAAAGAAACCACCACAAACAACCCACGAGGCAAGCUCCUCCGGCACAUCUCUCAAGCCGAAACCUCGAGUCCCACCGACCACGAACAAGACGUCCGUCUCCUCGUCGCCGGAACGAAAAGCAAGAAAUCCAACCGCCGAAACAUCGUCGAGCAAGCACAAGCCAAAGCUUCAAGUCUGGUACAUACAUUCCUCGACGGACCGAUUGCCGCGAUCGAGACGACGGAUCAGGUUAUGGAGAUGGUGAGGGAAACGCGAUUGAGUGAUCCAGAUAGUUGGAGGAAGGUGAUGCAUGCUAUUCCCACGGCGGACCGGAAGUAUAUUGGCGGGUUGCAUGAUUUGAUGGCGGAGCUUAAGAGGAGUUAUGUCGAUAAUGGCGGUGGAGGUGCGGGUGGGAAGGGAGCGUGUAGGAGUGCGUUUAUUUAUAACUUUCGCACGGGGUUUUGUGUGUAUUAUGAUUUGGGGGCUUGAUUUUUUAAUUAGUGGGAGUGUAUGUUGAGAUGCUAAUGGGUUAUGGAGGAGAGUAUCGAGGAUGGGUGUGAGAUUUCUUUUUUUACGGAGAGCGUGAAGUCUUGGGGAGCUCCUUGUUUGCUGCCAUAUAUUACAUCGUUGUCAUUUUCUAGAUUGUGGUUUGCUGAAAGGAGAUCAAGAGUGAUAUAACCAGGAAUGGAAGAUUACCAGUCGCUAGUCGACGUGUC